UACAACUCUGACCUGUGGACGGCACUAAUACGCGUAGCAGCGUCCACACUGCCGAAAUUUUAUAAGAAGAAGAAGAGGAGCUUGUGUGCACAAGCACUUCCGGUGAGUGUUGCGUAACGGUAACAGGGACCCAAGCAACUAACUUUAUUUGCAAGGUGGUCCUGCCGCAACCUCUGAUGCUGCCCACUGUCCUCCGCUGUGCUCGGCCCAUCUCUACCAGUCUUCCCUUAAGCCGGCCUCUGGCCCACUUCAGACCACACAUGGACCCAGACGCAAGCAGGCCUGUUGAAAGGGCUAUCAGAACCAAACUGACCGCUAACCUCAAGCCGGACCACUUAGAGGUCCACAAUGAAAGCCACAUGCACGCUGUUCCCCCCGGCUCUGAAUCCCAUUUCCGUGUUCUGGUUGUCAGCUCCCAGUUUGAGGGUUUGCCAUUAAUAAAGCGCCACCGUCUGGUUAAUGAGGCUUUGAAGGAGGAGUUGAGUAGCUGCAUUCAUGCACUGGCUAUACAGGCAAAGACUCCUGAGCAGUGGGGGAGUAACCCCACCCUUGCUAAGAGUCCGCCCUGCAUGGGAGGCUCGAGGGGAGAUCACACAGUGGAGGAGAAACUGGAGGCCGGGCGAGAGUGAAGUCUUGGACAGUGAAGCCAUUGUAUGCUUGCUGUUAGAUUGAACUGUGAAGAAUACAGGUGAAUGCUAUAGGAGAGAUUCAUGGUUCCUAAUUUUACAUAACCUAUUUAUUUUUUUUGGGUUUCUGUGGUUAUUAUAUCAUCAUAAAACAUGAAUUGUAAACAUUAAAUCAGAAGUGUGUUUUAGAGGUAAAUGUUGUGCCAUCAAAUGUUAUAAUAUCCUGCUUCACUACAGGUGGUUGCAAUGGUUCAACAUCAGUGUUGAAUCAAUACAAAACAGAGGAAACACUGUAAUUCCAUCGGCUAAUGUGACUUUCCAUAUCAAUGCUCCUGCUCAUAUCUCUCUGUCUCAGCGAUUUUUAGAUUAGUGGUGUAAAUAUUAAUUGUAUUGUAUUUAAUGUUGCAGCAUUGACCAAGGUCAAGAGGAGAUGGUUAUAGCUGCGUUUCUGCAAAUGAAUGAAAAUAAACAGUAUUCUUAAAAAAUUA